AAUAAGAACGUGACUAAGAAUCUAGUUGUGGAUCGAAAGCCAUAUUUGAGUUGCCCCGUUUAAAGAGUUUGCCAUGCUACUGUACUUCAUAUAAAGCGUUUGGUGUCGUUCCCGCUAAAACAUAUCAACGAUCGAUCAAAGCUACAUUUGAAAACCGUGUAAUAUUUCAUCAAUUUUGUUUUUCUCUGCAAUGCAUUUCUACACUCAAGUAAUUGCAAAACGAAUGCUAACAGUUUUUGCUGAAUAAUUCAUGAAAAUCGAAGGUUAAAAUGCGACCAGAGUCCAACAUUUAAGAAUAAAUUUUACUGCAAGGUUGAAUUCGACUUCAAUGGAUGCCGCAAUACCUGCAUUUAUGACGGAAGAUGUUGAAGCAGAUAGCGCUUGGUCCGUUUACUUUCCAGACGAGGAUCUUGCCGAAACAGACCGCAGGGUUAAACUCAUUGGAUCUCUCAUUGAAUUUAUUAAUUCACACGGCGAUUAUCUCCUUCAUCAGGUGAGCCAUGAAGAUGGCUUAUGCUUCUUACCUGUAGAUUUCUUAGACUUCCAGAAAAAGUGCACAAUUAUGGAAUUCUAUGCAGCACUUGAGGUUGUUCCUAAAGAGGCUCUAUUGUGCAUGGCAGCAGCUAUCCAUGAGGUAUUAUCAUGUGGAGACAAGCAAAGAGACUAUCCUGGAAAAAUUAACAUUAGAUUAUAUAAUCAUCCUGAUUCCAUGUUGGCACUUAAGAAUUUGAAAGCUGCCUUUAUUGGAAGACUUGUAUCAGUGCGUGGCACAGUUGUAAGAAUGAGCGUAGUGAAACCUUUGGUGAUACAAAUGAAUUUUUUGUGCACAAAAUGUGGAUCAACCAUCUCACGUCGUUUUUCUGAUGGGAAAUACUCCCCACCAACAAGUUGUAUUCUUCAUGGUUGCAAAAGCAAAAUGUUUCUUCCUGUCAGAUCUGCUGCACAGACACUCGAUUUUCAGAAAAUCAGAAUACAGGAGCUCUUGCAGGCUGAAAAUCAUGAAGAGGGCAGAAUGCCACGAACUGUAGAGUGUGAAUUAACUGAAGACCUGGUAGAUGCAUGCAUACCCGGUGAUGUGGUUACAGUUUGUGGGAUUGUAAAAGUAAUCAACACUGACAUUGAUGUUGGUGGAGGUAAAUCGAAAGGCAAAAACCAAGGAUUAUUUUACCUAUAUAUUGAAGCUGUUUCUGUUACAAGCUCAAAAUUACAAUCUGUAUGUGAAGGUUCACAAGAAGUUGGCAAUUCCAAUGUAAGAGCUGCAUCACCGCGAAACUUACAGGCAUUCACUUCAAGGGACUUGGAAUUUAUAGCAAAGUUUUCAGAAGAGCAUGGAUCAGAUAUCUUUCGCCAGAUUUUGCAUUCAAUCUGUCCAUCGAUAUAUGGGCAUGAACUUGUCAAAGCGGGAUUAACUUUGGCACUAUUUGGAGGUGUGCAAAAGCAUCUUAUGGAUGAAAACAAAGUUCCUGUACGAGGUGACAUUCAUGUAAUUAUUGUUGGUGAUCCUGGGCUAGGAAAGAGCCAACUUCUACAAGCUGCUGCAUCUAUUGCACCUCGGGGAAUAUAUGUCUGUGGUAACACAACCACUAAUGCUGGUCUCACUGUAGCGGUAGUUAAAGAUGCUAUGACAGGCGAUUAUGCUUUUGAAGCAGGGGCAAUGGUUCUUGCUGAUGGUGGAGUGUGCUGUAUAGAUGAGUUUGACAAAAUGUCUGCCGAGCAUCAGGCUCUCCUUGAAGCUAUGGAGCAACAGAGUGUAUCUGUUGCAAAAGCAGGAUUGGUAGCUAGUUUAUCAGCUCGAACUUCUGUUUUGGCAGCAGCAAAUCCUGUUGGUGGUCAUUACAACCGUGCAAAAACAGUUAAUGAGAACUUGAAGAUGAGUGCAGCAUUAUUGUCACGUUUUGAUCUUGUGUUUAUUUUGCUGGAUAAACCAGAUGAGCUCUUAGAUAAGCGCGUGUCUGAACAUAUUAUGGCGCUUCAUUCUGGUUCUGAAGAUCGGUUCAAUUCUUCAAAAGAAUCCUUAUUUCAAGUCAAUCAAAGUGCAGAGGAAGGCAAUUUAAGAAAUGGAUCACUAGCAGCAAGGCUGAGGCUGAAUCCAGUUCAAGAUCAUGAUUUUGUUCCUUUGCCAGGACCGCUUCUUCGCAAAUACAUUGCUUAUGCAAAACAAUUUGUUUUUCCAAGAAUUUCGACUGCUGCAGCAGAAGUACUGCAAGAAUUCUAUUUGAAACUGAGGAACCACAGUAGUGGAGCUGAUGGAACUCCCAUAACAGCAAGACAACUAGAGAGUCUUGUCAGAUUAGUUGAAGCUCGUGCUCGACUUGAGCUUCGGGAAGAGAUAACAAAGCAAGAUGCUCUUGAUGUUGUGGAAAUUAUGAAGGAGUCUUUAUAUGACAAACUAGUAGAUGAGAAUGGAUGUGUUGAUUUUGGACGUAGUGGUGGAAUGAGUCAACAAAAGGAGGCAAAACGCUUUCUGAGUGCUCUUCAGAGACGGUCUGAAUUGCAGCAGAAGGCCUGCUUCUCAGUUUCUGAGCUUUAUCUUCUUGCGGACGAAAUAAGCCUUAGGGUUCCAGAUGUCGAUAUGCUCAUUGAAAAUCUCAAUAGUGCUGGAUAUUUGCUUAAAAAGGGACACAAAAUCUACCAGAUUGGAGAGGAUGGUGAUUGCAAAGCAAAAGGAGAAAGAUUGUAAGAUCUACACCACCAUGUAAAGGGGAAAACUUCAUAGACAAGUACAAGAAGGUGACUACACAAGAAACAUUCACUAAUACAAGGGCAUGAUCGAGCUAUUCAAGGUUUGAUCCAUUGAAGGAAUCAACAACAUGAAAGAAGUCACAAAGAAGGAAUUCCAAAGGAGAGAAGUAGUGGUGACAUCAAGAGUUCAUUCCAAGGCAACAUCAAUACUUCAAAACUAAGAUCUAUACCUUGCAACUCCAUGAUUGAAGCAUUCAAGAGGACACUUUCAGAAGAGUUAAUCAAAGUUAGAAGAUCAUCAUCAUCAUUGCUGAAGUUGGAUAAUGUCGAGUAUAAAGAAAUAUUCCUUCAUGAUGAUCUACCAAGUCUACUAGUGCAAAGUUGAAGUGGCAUCCUAGUCAUCAUCCCAGUCACUACUCCACCAAUCAAAGAAGUUCCACAUCAACAUGUCUAGAUGCAAUGAACAUGACUCGUCCAUGAUGGCACAAACUUCGAGACACCUACUCCUAUUAUCUAUUGGUUGUGUCAAAAUGUUGUAAUUAUUUCAUUGGCCAAAAUAGAGUUUGUUGUAACACACCAUAAUUAGGGUUUUCAUUGUAAAAUCUCGGCCAUUGAUCUCAAAUUGAUCUGAGCCAUUGAAUUGUAUUGAGAGCAUUAUAAAAAGGCUAAAGCUCUUCAUUUGUAAAGGUUAAUAAUACAUAGUCUUAGAAGAAUAGAAUAGAGAAGAGUUCAAUAGAAGAUAGCAAUUAGAAUAAAAGUUAGGCUAGGAGAAGGCAAAGAUUGUUGCC